AUGGAAAUUUGUGAACAAGGGUACAAUCCAGGGAAGCGUGAGCGGACCGUAUCUGUACAAUGUUUUUUGAACGAUUUGGAAUUAGAUUUGGAUGGCAGACCCGCUCUCUUCAAGUAUGCGGACGACUCCAACACGAUUGUUCCAAUGUGGAAAAAUAAAGAAUGUCGAACUGAUUUGGUGGGACAAUUUUUAAUCUGGUCCCAGGAUAACGAUAUGAAGUGCAAUCCAGAAAAAUGCAAAGAACUGAUUUUCCGAAAGAAAGGAUUUAAUCAAAUCGUUUCACCUGUUUAUAAUAUUCCGCAAUGCGCAGAUCUUUCCGUACUGGGAAUGACAUUUCAAGAAAAUUGUAAAUAUAGUUUACAUAUAAAAGCUAAAUUACUCAAAGCAAAUAGAUGCUUGUAUGUAAUAAGAUCUUUGCGUAAGGAAGGUGCCAGUCAGGAAAAAGUAAACAAGCUUUUCAAUAGUUUGGUUAGCUUUGGUUUUACCUGUUCUUAA